CUUUUUCUUUAUUUUAAUAAUAAAUAAAUAACUCAAUAUAAUAUAAUAACAAUUUUUACAAUUAGGUUUAGAUGUUUUCUAGUCGACUUUUUUUUUUUUUGUGAAAAGCUAGAUUUUUGGGUUUUCUUAUAGAUAAAUUUACAUAAUGUUGUGACAUAAUUCCAGUAAACUAGUCUAUUUCAGUCAUAUGAUAGGUAUUUCAAAAAGGAGGAACCUAUAUUACACCCUAUUAUCUACCCCAUUAAUGAAGAUUCAAAUCUACCCCAUGCCAUUAUUACAUGACACCAUAUUUAGUGUAAUAUGAUUUAGGAUUAGGUACCUUUCUGAUUAGUAUUAGGUACAUGGUAGAUAACAUGUAUGUACCUAUCACCUAUAUUUUAAAAGUUGUAUAAUAUAUUUUUAUAGAAAUACCACAGCACCACAACAAAGACAGCCUACACGUCAGCUGGUGUAAAGUUGCUGUAGCCUGUGUUGAUCAAUUCAAUGAGAUGGAUGAUAAAACCAAAACCUUUAAAAUUGAUGAAAUGAAAAAGAAAUGGAGAUCAAUUAGAGACAGUUACAGAAAAAAAUGUAUACCAAAAUCUGGACAGGCAGCUUCUAAAGUUAAAAAAUAUAUCUAUGCAGAUAUAUUAGAAUUUUUACGACCUGUUAUGCAGAAUAGAAAAACUGAAGGUAAUUUUGAGGGAUCUACUGAUUCGGGUGGUGAAAACGAAGAUAUAGAUCAAGUGGACGAUAGAACAGCCGUUAUCGAACCAACUGAUUCAACUCUUGGUGAAAGUCAAUUGGAGGAAACAGUUGUUGAUAAAAGAAAAUGCUACAAGAAUAACGACAAGAAAAUAAAUAAAGAACCAAAUUUUGAAAAUAAACUUCUGGAUGUUCUGAAAAACAGAACUCCUGAAGUAGAAGAUCCUGACAAAUCUUUCUUUUUAUCAUUACUACCACAAAUAAGAGAGCUAACAAGCAAUCAAAAACUCCAAUUGUAUUCUGAAAUUAUUAAUUCCAUCAAAAACAUUAAAGAUGCUCCAAAGGAACUAUCAUAUACUAAUGAAUAUUCUGCAGUACCAAGACCUUACCCCCCUAAUAUUCCAUUCCAACCCUACAAUUACCAUAUAACUCAAAAUCAAAAUGUUACUCCUCAAAACUACAAUGCAUCUUCUCAUGAAUACUCACAAGGUCAUAAUUCAUCAUCUUAUCAAUCAUUAUAAUUAUUUAUUUUCAAUUAGUUUAUUGAACAGUACGUCAGUACAUAAUAUUAAUU